AAAUCUGGAAAAUGUAUAGAUUUCCACAUCAUUUAAUCUUUAGAGUGUUUUACAAAUGAUCUGGACACGUUAAGCUGUGAUGUAGCUUCAGAGCUUAUUUGUUUUCUUGCAGUGGCUGAAUGUAAUGGUCCUUUGCGUUGUUGCUGAAUUGCCCUUGACCUGUAAUGAGUUUCUUUUCUGCUGAUUGACUGGGAUUCCCGCAGCUGUAAAAAUUUAAAAGUGUCGAGACAAAAGAUGUAGACGUGGAAGAGCCUGGGCCCCGUGCUGCGGUUCCUCUUCACAUGGUUACCAGACGUGUUGUAGUACGAGGUCGUUGUACGGUGUUUACUAAAAGGACAUGGCCGUAGUGGGCGGUCCCAUCCGCGUUACCUUGGCAUCCCCUCGGUUCUCUAUUCAUGUGAGGAAUCUCAUUGUUUUCUGGGGCAUCAUUCAACCUGGUGUUUUUAAACAGUUAGGCUCCCAGACUGGAGAGGGGAGCUACGUCUCCUGGUGAAAAUUCACAGAUCUGACUGGUUUAGCUGAGAGGAACCACCAAAAUCAGUGGAUGAUGGCGCCUGCUUGUGUGGUUUUUGCCUGGUUUGUGUUCAACAUGAGGAGCAUCUCCUCAGCAGUGUACCUGGAGCCGCAGGAGGGUGAGCGCACACCUCACACAUCUGGAGAUGAAUGGUCAAACAAGCUGCAGAAACUUCAAAAAGCUAAAUGAAACCGUCAUCUGCACCAACGACCACAUGGAAGUCGUCAUUCCAAGUGCGUUUUUCCUCAACAAAGUGCCUCCAGUUUACGUCUGGGAUUUGCACUUAAACGACCCAGAGUGCCGUGGAUCAGAAGUUGGCGACGACUUUGUUUUUAGCAUAAAAACCAACCUGUCAGACUGUGGGACCAGCGUGGUCUCCGAUGAUACACACAUCAUGUUCAUAAACACCAUACAUAACAACCUCUCAGAUGUCAUCACCAGAAACUACAUCAACAUAACGUUUGUGUGCCGCUACCCCAUCAACUACAUGGUCCAACAACCCAACGGCAGAAACAUGAUCAGAGUGGACGUCAGAAGCAUCACUCUGAACACUGAGGAUGGAAACUUCUCAGUGUCGAUGCUUCUGUACAAAGACGAAGCCUUUAAGGACAGAUGGACCACCGUUCCAUCACUGAGUCUGGAUGACGACGUCUUUGUGAAGGUUUUCAUGAUUCCGGCUCACCUGACGCUGCGUUUGGAGAGAUGCUGGGCCACACCGACCAGUCAUCCGUUUGGAAAUAUUCAGUACACCUUCAUCCGAGACAGUUGUCCGGUGCUGACAAACAAACAGACGCUUAGUGUACUGAGGAAUGGCGAAGGUCCAGAGGCCACAUUCAGGAUACAAAUGUUCAAGUUUGUUGGCAGCUCGUACACUGAUGUCUUCCUUCACUGCAACGUCCAGAUCUGCCACAGUGGCCAGAGUGUGUGUCAGCCUAACUGUUCUGUUGAAGAUGGAUUCAUGAGAAUAAGGAGAGACAUCCCACUGUCCCACACAGUGUCUUAUGGACCAAUCAGACGACUUGUCACUGACAACGUAAAACCUAAUCUGAAUUCCAGUGGUGUCCCUCCCGUAGAAACGUUUGUUCUCGGAGGUUUGUUGGUCAUCUUGAUCCUGGUCACGGGGGUGUUUGGGAGGUUGUGGCUUCGCUCCAGACGUUUCUACCCAGCGAGGGAGGCUCAGCUCACCCUGUCUAAUAUUCACCACAUCUCAGAGGUGGCCUCAUAAAUCCAGGACUUCUGAAAGCUGACGGACGAACACGGAUAUGGAUUCACAAAUGUGAUUUAUAAUUAUGAAUAUGUUGCAUUUUUAAUACGUGUAAGAAAUCACAGUAAUAAAGAUAUUUCUCAAGUCA